GUUUUUCAUGGAAAUAAAACUUGUUCUGAAUGUUUAGAACAUAAAAACAGAAAACGUGAAGAAAAAGCUGCUAUUAUUUUAUCUAAUGCAAAAGAAAAUGCGAUAGAUCUAGAAAACAUUACAUCUACAAUUUAUGAAGCUCUUGUUAAUAUGGAUAACAUCAAUGAAAAUUUAGAAAAUAAUUACCCUGUAAUUGAUUAUGAAGAAGUUGAAGAUCAUGUAAAUUUAGAUUCAAACACUAGCGAUGAAGAGGCUAUGAAUACCAAAACAACUGAGUCAAAGGCAACCCUAGAAAAGGUUGUAUAA